AUUUGCUUGUUGGUGUCGCUCUCUUUCUCUCUCUCCUACAAGUCGACGCAAACGAGAAGGAGAAAGAGAGAGAGUGAGAGAAGUGAGAUGGGUGUGCCGUGGUUCUACCGGUGGUUGACAAACAAGUAUCCGACCGUUGUGGUUAAAGCUGCUGAAGAUAAAGGAGAGCGCAUCGACACCUCCUUGCCAAACCCAAAUGGCAUCGAGUUCGAUAAUCUCUACCUCGAUAUGAAUGCCAUUAUCCACUUCUCCUUCCAGCCCGCCGAUCAACCUCGCCCUCCAAAAACGUUCGAAGAAGUAUUCAAUAAUAUCUUUAAAUACGUUGACAACCUUUUCAGUAUCGUAAAACCACGGAAGUUACUUUAUAUGGCAAUAGAUGGAGUUGCUCCAUGGGCCAAAAUGAAUCAACAACGAUCCGGACGUUUUCGGACUAUUUGGAGAUGUGAAAGAGAUGAAGCCGAGAUGAAGAGGCUAAUAGAACAGUUUGAAAUGGAAGGAAAACCAGUUCUUCGUGAGUAUCUUCUUCCGAAUAAUGACAAACAGGAAGUUUCAACUUCCCAUGUAAUCACUCCAGGCACAGAAUUUAUGUACAAGUUGUCAGGGGCCCUCAGAAGCUAUGUUAUUUCACGUAUAAACAAUGAUCCAGGCUGGAGGGACAUCAAGGUUAUUUUUUCCGAUGCCAAUGUUCCUGGUGAGGGAGAACAUAAGAUAAUGUCUUUUAUUCGCCAACAGAAAAACGUUAGUGUUGGAUAUAAUCCAAAUACGAGGCACUGCGUCUAUGGUCUGGACGCUGAUCUGAUAAUGCUUGCUUUAGCAACACAUGAAGUUCAUUUUUCCAUUUUAAGAGAGGAGCAUCCAACAAUCAAUGAAAGUGAAGAGGAGGAGGAAAGGGAAUGGUUUAAAAAGCCUUAUGAGUUUGUACAUGUAUGGAUUCUGAGGAAAUAUUUGGAGCUUGACAUGCAUAUUUCUGAACCUCCAGCCAAUGUGAAGAUAGAUAUUGAGCGGAUUGUUGAUGACUUCAUUUUCUUGUGCUUUUUUCUGGGCAAUGAUUUCCUACCCGGCAUGCCUUCAUUAGAAGUUCGUGAGGGUGCUAUUGAUUUAUUGAUGAGUGUUUACAAGACAGAGUUCAAGAACCUUGGUGGCUAUCUACUUGACAUGAGCAGGCUUGUUGAAGAAGAUCAAAGAAAAGAGUUCAUAAAUCUAUCCAGAGUCGAGAAGUUCAUUCUUUUGGUUGGCUCAUAUGAAGAUCAAGUUUUCAGGAAAAGAUCAAAAAUUCGUGAGCAUCAACUUAGACGCCUUCGCAAAGAUUCAGAUAAUCAAGAUGAAAAUGAAGGUGGUAAUAUGGAGAUUGGUACAAGAAACAAUUCUGUUGCCUUAUCCAGUGAGGAAGCUCCUACUUCCAGUGAUUCAGCAGAAAGUAGUACAUUAUCAGAUGCUAAUAUGGAGAGUGCCGAUUUUUCUGAAAUUGAUAAAAAUACAGACGAGUUGAUAGAUAAGUACAAUGAUUUUCUUGAUAAGAACUCUGACCUAUUUAAGAGUGGUCAUUUGGGGUCGGACAAAGUGAGAUUGGGGGCUGCUGGCUGGAAAGAAAGAUACUACAAAGAGAAAUUUUUUGCAGAAACCUGGAGGGAUAUUGAAAACCAAAGAAAAGAAAUAGUAAAGAAGUACACUGAAGGACUAUUGUGGGUUCUUCUAUAUUAUUAUUCAGAAGUCCCAUCAUGGUCAUGGUUUUACCCAUACUACUAUUCACCAUUUGCGUCAGAUUUGAAGGGACUUGCUCAGGUCCGUGUAGAGUUUCAAAAGGGUUCCCCAUUAAAACCAUUUGAUCACCUUUUGGCUGUACUACCCCCACAGAGUGCUCAUGUGCUUCCUAAAGUUUACCAGCCUCUGUUGACAGAUGCAGAGUCCAAGAUUAUUGAUUUUUAUCCUACUGAUGUUGAUAUCGACUUCGAUGGAAAACGUUUUAUGAAGCAGGGAAUCAUCAAGCUCCCAUUUAUAGAGGAAGAACGCCUUGUAUCUGAAACUAAAGAAUUAGAGAAGGGUCUACAGAGGGAUGAAGCACUGAGGAACAGAAACAAUGUUGAUCAGUUAUAUGUGAGUAGUACACACAAUUUGGCAUCACAGAUUUUGUCACUUUCCCCAAAUGAAAACAAAGUGGUUGAGAUCGAUACCAGUAUCAGUGAUGGUAUUUCUGGUUUUAUUCAUCUUCCUAAUGAGGAUACUGAAAUAGUUUACAAGGAAGUCCAUAACAGCAUUGAAGAAAAAUGUGUCUUAUGUGUGUCUUUUGAGAUGCGUGAUGAUGUUGUGCAUCUUCCCCACUUACUUGAUGGUGUUAUCUUUCCAAUUAAGAGUAUUACUGAAGGAGAUAUUACAGAAACAAAACUCUGGCAUGAAUAUCAGGGUAACAAACCUUCGAACAGUUGCAGAUUACAGUACGAAACAUGUGAUUUGAAACAUGAAGGGUAUCAAAGGAGAUUUAGUACAGAUUCAUCUUGUGAGGUGAUACAUAAAGGUGCUGGUAUUGGAUGGGGUGGUGGUAGAGGAAAAGUGAAUGAUACUUCCAAUACAAGCAAACAUAUUGAGAGCAGAGAAAGAGUCAUAUUGCCUAGCUCUUCUUUUGCCCAACAGAAGAGUUCAGUGUCAAGUUUGGAUGCUGGAAAGUGUUACGGCAAUCUUGUUAGCUCAAGUUGUAACCUAAAUGAACAGCUCAGGCCUCAUGGAGGAGCUCAGUCGAUGAACGACAAUUUUUGGUUGUCUAGAAAUGGUGUACGAUAUGGAACAGAUAAUGUGCAGCAGCAGAGAAUACAAUUCGGGUCUCCUCCUACUCAUCAAGGGAGGGGACAUCAUGGUUCAACAGUUUCUCCAACUUACUCCUGGAAACAUAGUUCUGCUACAAGCUCCGUGCAGGGCCGUGGCAGAAGCCAGCAUGUUCAACAUUCUUCUGUCGAGGAAAGUGGCAGCCACUGAUCCAGUGCUUUGUAGCUAUUUACCUUGUGGGGGUCAUUACAUGUGCUAAUCCAGUGCUUUGUAAAUAUUUACCUUUUCUGAUUUCAAGUUACUUUGACUGAGAUUCCUGUGCUAUGACAUGUCUAAGUUGCUAUAUUUAGCACCAAAAUGUUUGCUCUUUGAACAGUUACUGCUCUCUCAA